GCCCGCUGAGGCAUAAAAUCCCGGGAUUCUGGCUGGAGGCAGCUCCUGAGACUGCCAGCAUGAAAGGGAGCAGUGCCCUCCUGCUGGUGGCCUUCACCCUGUUCUGCAUCUGCGGGCUGGCCACGGGGGAGGACAACGCAGAGUUUUUCAUGGACUUCCUGCAAACACUGCUGGUGGGGACCCCAGAGGAGCUCUAUGAGGGGCCCCUGGGCAAGUACAAUGUCAACGAGGAUGCCAAGGCAGCCCUGACCGAGCUCAAGUCCUGCAUAGACGGCCUGCAGCCAGUGCACAAGGCACAGCUGGUCCAACUGCUGGUGCGAGUGCUGGGCAAUGCGGACGGUGCCUGAGUGGACCUCGGAGGAGGCUCAGCCAGAGGACCUGCCACACAAGCAGCCACGGACACGCCACCCGCCACCACCUCCCCACGUGGAAAUUCGCCGCAAACCAUUUAAUCAAUAAAGCCUCGUGCAGCUCA